UGACGUCAUUGUCCGUGGUCUGUCAUGUGAUAUUUUUCUCUUCGCUAUUUGGUUCGCAAGAAAAUCGAUCGAUCCCGUGCGGGGUAAAUAGUGGGUUUCUGGUCGCAAAAAGUAUCGCCAAACUUUCCCCCCAAACAAAACCAACACCAUGGGUGCAUCCGCGCUGCCAAUUAUCAUUUUCUCCGCCAUCUUCGGUGUGGUUGGCAUUGUGCUGCCGAUUGUUGCGCCCAAGGGCCCGAACCGUGGGAUCGUCCAGUGUGUGCUGAUACUGACGGCCGCAACGUGCUGGUUAUUCUGGCUGUGUUGUUACAUGGCGCAGAUGAACCCUCUGAUCGGUCCGAAACUGCACCAGAACACGAUUCUGAUUAUGGCACGUGAGUGGGGCAACCCGCUGCCAGAUAUGGAAGGAUUCCAGCCAGAACAUUCCGACCACUAAAUCAGAGCGGACCGCAGCAGCGUAUAACAUCCACAGCGCCGAACGUGUUUAAAAUUCACCUGGAUUUGGAAAACAUUCCCAUCUUUACUACUGCUGCUAUAGCGAUCAAAUUUCGUGUACAUCUUUGUUGUGACUCAUCAAGCAUCGGGAAGCAAAUUGUCCAACCACUGCACAACCGUUCCUGCGUCUCUGUGUGACCUUCAUCUGGAGGAUGUUUCCUGUCUGCAAGAUACAGUACAUUUCAUGCAACCAAAAUAGAUCGCCGCUAGCUCCCUUUUGCGCUGGAACCUUUGGAAGGUGAAGAUGCAGAGUUUGUUUUGUUUUUGCUUCUCUUCUGUUAUGGUUUACCCUAGAAGAUGUAUUAUAUGAAUAAAGUAACCUAAAUCCCAACGGCGUGA